UUUUUUUUUUUUUUUUUUUUUUUGUUCUCUUACAUUUUUAUUUAGUAUUUAAAAAAGUCUUUAAAAAAAAAUAGAUUUUUACCUUCGUAAUAGAAUUUUGUAUCAGGUGAAAAGUAAUACCACGUCAUAUCGUGGAGAUCGGAACAUAAAACAUAAUAUCACUUGAUGGUGGUAGAAUAGUCAAUUUUUUUUACCUUUCCUUAGUUAUCCUGUCAUCCGUUAACAUAUAUACUGUCUAAAGCAACACAUACAUAUGCGAGGGAUUUAUGCUUGUAUCAUUCAAGUAAACAUCGGCUGCGCAGGUGCGCAAAUACAUACUUGUUUAUGCUGUUUGCAUAUUUGCAACGUAUGUAGGACGUAAUUGUAACUAUACUUUCUUUGGAUGCAGUCGUUUCUGAUUAAAUUUGCGCGCGUUAUACUUUUAAGAAAUAAAAAUAAUUAUACAGAAAUUUUUUAAUAAAACUAUAGUAAUAAAUUUUUAUUUAAGAGAGAGAAAAAGAAAGAGAGAGAGAAUUUACAUGGAAAAAAGAAGACGUCAUGUGAUUUAAUUUCACAUAAAUGACCAUUCUGUAAGCAUUUUAUUGCAACCAUCAAAAUAAAUGGUUUUAUAUUCGAGGGUAAAUAUUAACGAUUGCAAUAUUAAAAUGGAAUUUAGACCUAAGACUUUUGAUUUAGAAACUGCAUUUGCAAUAUCUAAGAGAAGACAAUUGAAGAAAUUUCGUGGUCCAGAUUCGCCUCUUUAUUCUGCCAUUUGUCCCGCAGUUUAUAUAGCAAGAAUUUUUGGAGAUGCACCGUACGAAUUUUGGAAGGAUCGUUUGGUCCCUUCCAAUGUUUAUUUGAUAUUUUCCUUCAUUUUUUUAGCCAUUUAUUCUUACAACGUGUAUACAAUAUUUGUUCAGUUUUUAACAUUUACAAGACAAAUACCAAUCCUUGGAGGUACGGAUUAUGUUAAGUUGGUAUUUAAUUACAUCACAACGGUAUGCAGCCUUCUAAUGACGAUAUGGACAAGAAAUAAAUUCGUUCAAAUUUGGAAUAACAUACAAGAUUACGAUGAUGCCAUUAGAUUAUUAGGAUAUCCUCAAAAGGAAAUAAAAACGAGAAUAGUCUGCUGGAUUAUAAUAUUUUUGAAUAUCACACUUUGGACUUUAGUCAAUCAAACUGGAAUGUACGCUUUUACAGAAUCUUGGAUUUCCAAUGUAACCUACAUGUCCCCUUAUUUCGGAAGUUGUUUAGCUGUCUACAAAUUUAUUGGAAUUACUUUAAUAUUGGGUCAAAGAUUUCAUCAUCUUAAUCAGUUAACAAAAAAAUAUAUAUUUUCAAAACGAAAUAACUCUCGACCUAUGAAAAUCGAUAUCAAAACUAUUCAAACUUGGCACAAUGAACUUAUGACUGCAGGAGAAAAUUUAAGUGCUUUAUAUAUGUGGCUCAUUCUUUUAUGGCUAGCAAACUUGAGUGUCCAUAGUGUAAGUGACUUAUACUUUAUCAUCGAUAAAGUAUUAAAUAAUAAUGAAAAUUUACAUUGGCCAUCGGUUUCGUGCUUAGCAAGUUGGUUCUUAGUAUUUGUUACACAACUUCUUAUAUUACAUAUUUCUUGUGGUUACGUUUCGUCUGAGGCAAAUUGUAUGGGAGAAAUUCUGAUCGAUUGGCAGGCCUAUUUAAUGGAACAAAAUUCUUUAAAGAUGCCCAUAGAAACGUCUCUACACUUCAUCAAUCGAAAAUUAUACUUUACAGCUGCCGGAUGUUUUUGCAUCGAGCUACGAUUAAUAUGUUCGAUAGCAGCGACCUUGACAACGUACUUGGUUAUUCUCUUGCAAUUACGAUGAAUUAUUGAUUUCAAGCUAAUUCUUUUUUUUUUUUUUUUUUUUUUUUUUAUGACAAACAAACAAGUCGAAUCACAUUAGUGUAACAUUAUAUUUAGCGAGAAAGUAUCGACAAAUGGAGAUUAUAACGGAAGAGUAGUUGCGAUAUUGAUUUUACGCGGUAUGACUAGAGAUACAUAUAUGUUUUACUCAGAAAUUGUAUUGCUUUAUGUAUGGAGAGCAAUGAAGAAGGGAUGAACCUCUUUGAGAUAUAAUACCUGCGUUAUUUUUAUUUCGUUAAAUUAACGCAUUCGAUGUUCUAAUAACAAAACGUGUUUUUCAAAUUGAAAAUGAAUGUAAUGUGUGAUAAUAAUUUGAAAAAAAAAGGAGAAAAAAAAAUAAUAAAUAAAUUUAUAAAAGAGAAACAUUGGUUUCACUCCGAUCAGUGAUAUUAUCAAAUACCAACACGUUUUAUUGUUCGAUACGUUCAUUAUUAAUAUAUAUAAAGAAAACCAAUUAAAAUUGUAAUUAGAAAAACGAAUGCGUAACAUUCAUCUAUAUCAGAUACGAAUAAUACAAUUCACGUUUGUAUUUAUGAUUUUAUCUAUAGAAUAUAUCAAGAUAGAGUUAAAAUAAUAUGAAAAGAUAAUUGACAAUUGAUUAUUAACGAAAUUUUUAUUUUUGGUAAAAUAAGAUAAAAAGAAAAAAAGAAGAAUAAUAUAAAAAGAAAGAAAGAAAGAGGUUCGUCGACACUCGGCGAUUGUCUUAACUUUAAAGUGUUGGAUUUAUUUUCCACGCCAUCGCUUUGGAAAAUUGCUUUUUCCUCCUUUAAAUUCUUCGUAUUACUUUUUUUUCUUUUUUUUUUUUUUUUAAUGGUAAACAAUUCUACGUUACUUUCGUAAAAUAAAAAUUAAAUUAACAUACUAUAGAAUAAGAAUAUUAUUUCUUAACGAGAUAGUACGGCCCAUUUGUUUACUUACCAUCGUUAAUUACACGAAAUCGCAGCUUAUGAUCAAACCUGUCUAUUUAUGUGUUUAACAUUUACGAGUAUCUUUAGAAAAUAUUUAUAUGUACGUCAAACAUGAUCUAUCGCUGAUCUAUCAUCAUAACGAACGGGCCGAAGGUACGUACGAACGAACGGUGUUCUUUGAGAUUGUGACAAGUAGUUACGUCAAUGUUUAAUCCGACGAUCAUCGAACUUGUCUCUCUAUCUUUGAGUUAAAUUUUAAUCAUAGAAUAUUCUACGUUCUAUCAUCAAACAGUUGGACGCAUGUAUUUUUUUUUUCAUUUUUCUUUUUUUUUUUUUUACAAAAAAAGAAAUCUUUCUAUAUAUUUUACAUUUUCACGAAUGCUCUUUUCUUUGGGAUAUAGCAAGAGACAUUUAUUUUCAAGACGAGCAUCGCAAUUUCUUAUGGCACCGUUUACUUCCGUGAAACAAUGGUGUUGGCGAAGAGCACAACGGCGCGUCAACGACGUCGCCGUCGACGUCGACGACGACGAUCGUCUGCGUCACGAGGGGUUAAAACGACCCCGCGUUACGGGACAACGCUUUUUAAUAACUUUUCAACGUAACCGUGGUAUGCAUUGAAGAUCAUUGU